AUGGACUUUCUGGUACUGGGGCAGGUCACAGCUGAUCAGCCAUCCUCUUCUCUUCCACUGACAAAUUGGGCACCGCCAUCCGGCAUGCAAUUGGCAGAUCCCGAAUUCAACGUGUCAGGACCGAUAGAUCUGGUACUUGGGUCGCAAUACUUCUACGAUUUCCAUAUACUCGAUGGUGGCCGGAUUCAAAUUCGCAAGCUCGACAGUGCUCUUCCAGCUUUCGUCAAUACCGUCUUUGGUUGGGUAGCUGCUGGAGAAUCCGAAUGGCCUGAAAACAAAACGGUGGUUAAUUGUCAUCUAGCAACUACAGAAACUCUCGACUCGACAAUGCAGAAAUUUUGGGCGAUCGAAGAGAUGAUGGAAAAACCAAUACGAUCCCAAGAGGAAGAAGACUGCGAGCAACACUUCCAAGCAACAAUCGAUCGUGACUCUACCGGUCGAUACAUAGCACAGUAUCCGAAGAAGAUUGGUUUCCACGAGAAGAUCGGCGAUUCUAGGAACACGGCUUUGCGACGAUUCGAUCAACUGGAGAGGAGAGACCAGUUCAACAACAAAGGUCCGGUCAUCCAAGACGAUUUGUUGGACCUCAUUAUCCGAUUUCGAAAGCACACCGUAGCAUUGGUGGCGGAUGUGGCUAAAAUGUAUCGCCAAGUGCGUAUUCAUCCCCUCCAACAGCAGAAGGUGAAGACGCUAGGAGUGGCAUGGGAGACGGGAACGGACUGUUUACGCAUCGACAUACCUACACUAAGGGAGGAAGAGCACUGGACGAAGAGACUAAUCUUUUCAACGAUCGCUCAACUGUACGACCCUCUCGGAUUAGUUUCUCCGGUUGUGGCAUGGGCGAAAAUACAGAUGCAACAUCUUUGGUUGGUGUCUGUUGGCUGGGACGACAAGAUCCCAUACGAGAUUUGUGGAAACUGGAAGGAUUUCUAUGAGCAGCUUCCACUGCUGCAAAGCUUCAAGGUCCCACGUUGCGUUUUCGUCCCACAAUCAACGAAUUUCCACUUCCAUGUAUUCUGCGAUGCAUCGGAAGCCGGAUACGGGGCGUGCAUCUACGCGCGAUCUACCAAUGGGGAAGGUGAACACAUCUUGCAGCUAAUCGCUUCCAAAUCGCGGGUAGCACCAAUCAAACGGCUCAGUUUGCCACGUCUCGAGCUGUGUGCAGCAUUAUUAGGGGCAAAACUCUACGCCAGGGUCUCCGCAGCAUUAAGGAUGGAAGGCACUCCUUGUCAUUUCUGGUCAGAUUCUACGGUCACUUUGCACUGGAUUCAAUCUCCCCCGAAUACUUGGCAAACCUUUGUUGGUAACCGUACAUCUGAAAUUCAGCUCCUAACACACGGACAUAAGUGGGCACAUGUAAAAGGGACUGAUAACCCAGCCGAUCUUGUGUCACGCGGCAUGUUACCAAACGAAUUCAUCAGCAACACGCUUUGGAUGCAUGGUCCACCCUGGUUGAGAGAAGAUGAAGAAGACUGGCCAAAACAAUCCCAUCAGCUUCCACCCCAAGAAGACGUUCUCGAGCGAAGAAAAACGGUUUUGGUAUCACAAGUAUCGUCCGAAUUGAACCCACUUUUUGAACGAUAUUCUUCCUAUUGGCGCUUGAUAAGGAUUACUGCAUACCUGCGCCGGUUUAUCAGUCGAUGUCGUUCAAACAAUCAGCAACAGGAAACAUUCCUAACCACACAUGAACUGACAGAAGCGAAGGAAACCCUAGUGAAACUGGUGCAGCAGGAAACAUUUGCUGAAGAAAUAAAGCAACUGAAUCGAAAAGGUCCGUUACCAAAGAAGUUCCCACUCAAAAAUGGUCACCCUAUCAUCGAUGAGAAAGGCAUCCUCCGUCUUGGUGGCCGGCUUCACCAUUCCAACGAAAGCUACCAGACCAAACACCCAAUAGUUCUCCCGAACAAGCACCCGUUCACUCGCCUCGUUGCCGCUCAUGUUCACUCACUCUGUUUUCAUGCUGGUCCUCGCAUGACUUUGGCGACUAUCCGUCGUGAAUUCUGGCCAAUUAGCGGUAAAACUCUUGCCAACCAUGUGUGUCGAAAAUGCGUCAAAUGUUUUCGACAAAACCCUGUCCCUGUAGCCCAACCUCUUGGCCAACUCCCACAAGCACGAACCGUUCCUAGUCGCCCAUUCUCUACAACUGGUGUAGAUUUUUGCGGGCCUGUAUACCUGAAACCAGUUCACCGUAAAGCAGCCCCACAGAAAGUAUACAUCGCGGUCUACAUCUGUUUUGCCACCAAGGCAGUUCACCUAGAAGUGGUGUGCGAUCUAUCGACCGAUGCCUUCAUCGCCUCCCUUCGACAAUUCAUCGCUCGACGUGGAAUUCCGGAAGAGAUCCGGUCUGAUAACGGCACAAACUUCCAAGGCGCGAAGACCAAGCUCAACGAAAUGUACCGCAUCUUCAACAGCAAGCAAUCUUCAACGAAUGCAGCAGCCAAGGUAUCACUUGGCGAUUCAUCCCCCCACGAGCGCCAAACUUUGGCGGGUUAUGGGAAGCGGCGGUGA